AUGAUGAAUGACGUUCUUCGAGAGCAUCUCGACAAGUUCGUCAUGGUCUACCUCGAUGACAUCAUUAUCUAUUCACGUACUGCGGAACAGCACACCAAACACAUCAAUACAGUCCUUCAAACCCUCAAUUCACACGAACUUGUCCUCAACCAGGACAAAUGUAUUUGGGGAGCUACCGAAUUACUCUACCUGGGACACAUCAUCUCCCACAAAGGUAUCCGACCUAAUCCUGAGAAAAUUAAGGCCAUACUUACCUGGCCACGUCCCCAGACAAUUACUCAGCUUCGCGGUUUUCUGAACAUCUCCGGAUAUUAUCGCAAAUUUAUCCGUGGCUUUGCGAAGAUUGCCAGCGGACUUUAUACCUUGCUGCAUGGGCAUCCGCAGAAAGGAGCAGCUAUUGAAUGGUCAGAGGCUUGUGAGCGUGCCUUCGACACUCUCAAGACACAGCUAACAACCCCUCCCUUACUGGUUUACCCAGUACCUUGGCGUGUAUUUGUAAUCGACAGUGAUGCGUCCGGUGAGUGCAUUGGUGGAAUUUCACAGCAACCAAUCUCGCUGCUCGAGACAUCUAAUGAAGGGGGAGAGGUUGAGGAACAUGAUGAUACAGCAUCCGACACCCGAUUUGAAUUCCGUGAUUGUGACCUUCGUCCUAUCACAUAUGAAUCCCGCCGCCUGACGCCGACCGAGCAGAGGUAUUCGGUGCAAGAACGAGAGAUGCUUGCAAUUGAUUACCUCCUACAGAAGUGGCACGCCUAUAUUGAAGGCUCACCAAUCAUCAUCAGAACUGAUCAUGAAUCAUUAAAAUAUUCCCUUACCCAGAAGAAUCUUGGUCGACAUCUUCAGCGCUUUGCGGACAACAUUGCUCAUUUCAAUGUGAAGAUCGUAUAUCGUCCCGGAAAGUUCCAGCUCGCCGCCGAUGCAUUAUCGCGCCGUGAAGGAGAAGCUGUGCCCGAUUCCGAGAUGCUAGGCCCCUUGUAUGGCUAUCCGAUGAUCGACGCUGGCCUGCGUUCAUGCAAUUCGAGCGAAGAAUCAAUCUUUAGGGAUUCUGAUGAGGCUUCGGAUGACGAAGGCCCGGUUGCACCUCCUGCUACUCCUGCACCACCUGAACCAGCUGAUAGACCUGCCGUUGACUCUGAUGAAGAAUCUGUUGAAGAAAUACAAUGA